CUCAUGUUGGAGGAGGGUGAGAGUAGAAAACUCUCGCCUCAAAGUUGUCUUAGUCACAUCAGGCCAAAGCCGGAAAACGCCAGCUGCACGGCGACCUGCGGGAUGCUGUUGAUUCCCUCCACCAUGGCUGUUGGCCACAGCCAUUAGUAGCCGGUUUAAUACCUGUACGAUCGCUCGGCUUUGAAUCCCAGUUCGAGGCCCAAACUGACGCCCUCCGAAGUCGAAAGACCAAAGAGCAGUCGACGGCCAGGGAAGAUGCCGCAGCUGGAACAAAUCGAGGCUGAGUGGCAGUUCUCCCAUUAUUGCAUGGUAUCAGUAACAUGCCCCUCAAUGCACCCUGCCGCGCUUGAGUCCGGUUUGCUAGCAGGCCAUUGCCACGAGGUCAAUUCCAGCUAAAGCACUUACAUCUAGCCAUGCACCUGUCGUUGGCAGCAUACGUCCUUUUUCCAUCUUCUCCAUCCCAGCUAUCACUGCUCUGUUCCCAACCAUUGCUGAAUUUGACCUAUUGCACAUGUUGUCUGUUGCUGACAGUUGGGCUUGCGGAUGACGGAAAGUCGAAUGACGCUUCCUGUCAUACGAUUUGUCUCCUCCCUGGCCCAGUCAGAUCCAUCCUGGCACACGUCCGUCCUUCUCAAGUAAUCUUGUCUCCUCCAGCACCUUGUGGGGCGGAUCUCUCCUCCUCAGCCUUAUCAUAAAUACAUACGUCUUCCUCUACUGGAUGGAACUUACUCUUGGACUAAGAUUCACCACUUCUGAGAGGGAAUGUUGACAUCCAACCUGACCAACGGCGUAAGAUCCUAUAGCUUUCUCAGCUUGCGCAAUUCAACGUGGGCAUCUAUAUCGAGUAGAUCUGCCACACUCAUUUCUGUCUGCAGAUAGUUGGAAUUUACUUCGGCUUCAUCAUUUACAUUUGUCAAAGUGGCGCGGAGAAUGGCAGGAGCAGGAGGACCACCGCGGAAGAGCCACACAAAAUCACGCAAGGGCUGUCGGACAUGCAAGCGACGACAUAUUCGUUGCGAUGAGCAGUUCCCACAAUGUCGAAACUGUACGAAACACAACUGUCGCUGUGACUACAUGGAUCUCACCGCUGCAGGAGAAGAUCCUCCAAAGGGCUCGAACCCUCCUGAUCUUCUCAUGGACGCCGAAAUCCAGAAACAAAUGGACGAUUGGCGCAUCUCUGGCGAGCCACCCUUGCGGGAACUUCGUAUGCAAGAUCAAAAGUACUGGACUCGGUUCACGACCUUAGAUCUACGUCUGAUCCAUCAUAUUGUAAUCGAGUCAACAAAAAUGCACCUCAGAGGUUACAGUAACUGCACAGUAUGGGGCCCCAAGAUACACUCAUUGAUUUCCACGGCCAUGCAGCACGAGUUCGCAAUGAGUGCGCUGCUUGCUCUGUCAGCAUCAGAUCUGGCGUGGCAAACGAAGAACAACGAUACAUAUAACCUGGCAUACCAGCACCGUGGAAUAGCACUCAAGGGCUUGCACGAGGCCAUUGGGGACUUCUCACGGGAAAACUCCGAAGCCAUUCUUGCAGCGUCCAUUCUAUUGUCGUGGCAAGCGACAGAAUGGCGCGCGUGGACCAAUCUACAGUCAGGCACAGCAACGGUAAUGAGUGCGAUGAGGCCAUGGAUUCACGAGUCUGAAUUUGCAAGAUACCUACAAGACCAACAUACAAUGGCACGAAUAGGUGCUCCUUCCACGCCGUCUAUGCCACAUGGCCAGCUCGCUGCCUCUCCCGAUGAUCUCCGUCGACUCGACCACAUCAUGACAGCCCUGAAGAAUCUGCAGCUCCGAAUGUCCAACGCGCAAGAACUUGUCGAACAUGCGACCCGUCUGAUCGAGUAUCUGCAACAGUUGCAGCAGGACAUGCAACCCCGGAACGCUGAGGAAGCCUUUGCCAAGUUGCAGUUACUCAGAGACUGGAUCUUUUGGCUGCCUCCACGCAUUCUGCGCCGAGGAGAGUCUGACUUGGCGCCGUUGGUUUUGCUGGCGCACGUCUACGCCAGCGCACUUGCAGUCGAGUCGGUCUUCCCUGAUCUUGGUGGGGCCUAUCUAGGAAGCAUGUCCGUCCAUCCGCUUGACAAUAUACGUGGGAUGCUCGAGAAGAGACGAAAACAACACCCACAAGAUACAGGGAUACAUAUGGCACUUUCUUUAGUCGAGGCUCCCAUGCAGGUCUUGGCCUCUUAUCGACAACAGCAGCGUCACAACAGUCAGGGUAGUCAGGGCAUGGAACCAUACCGAUAUUCGCCUUCAGGAAGCCCUUAUGCCGCCCCAAGCAUGUCGCUGUCGUCGGCAACUUCGGACGUAUCAACGGCAUUUACGCAAUCGCCUCGCCCUGUCCCUGGAAUCAUAUCGCCUCCAGCAUCUUCCUUCUUCCAAGCGGCGCUGGGUCCAGGGGAGACAAGGCGGGAUUCAUCCGCGCCAGUUUUAGGACGCGCACACUCGAUGGGUGAGCGGCCGUUGGGCUCCAGCAGUCCCCACGCCAUGAGCAUAGUGUACGGGACCUCUCCCCAGUACCCACGAAGCAGCCACGAACUGCCAGGGUCAAGAAUGGACUAUUUUGGGCAGGCCCAGGUACCGUACGGUCAAUACGGCAGCAUGAACAUGAAUACUCGGUUCGUCGCUCCUUCACAACUUUGGACUUGACGAACAUCGCGGCUGAGUAUUCACCCACAGGACUCCACCACCGACGAUGCCUCCCAUCUUUCCACGAGCACAGGAGAAAGGAAAAGAAAGGCAAAAGUGAUGGAGGGUUGCCCCUGAUGACGUGAGAAAUGGCAACUUGGAUACUAAUUUGCUGCUAUCAGCGAGGCGCUGGGUAGGGUAAUCAACGAAUGGGAACCAUAGGAACCGUGUUAUAUUCGAUUUGGGCAGAGGUCUUUUCCGAGCUGAAAGGUUAAAAGUAUUCUCAUGAUGUCUUGAGGAAGGGAGUUUUGAAUGUGCUAUGAUGGUUUGUCUGACGUUCUUCUUUGGGCCACCACUGAUCUUCACGGUACUUUUCAUGUCUCUUUCGAUCUUUUGGGGAACAAAAUUGUUCAUGAUGUGAUGUUGACUUGUGGAGACUCACGGCAGGGCGGAAAUACUGUUUUCGGGUGUCAGCCUUACGUAUCACGAUCAACAGAGAUUCUUUCGUUCGAGAUGGCACCUUUGUUCCUCAGAAACAUACCCGUGAAAACAAUUGCUGUCAUCCCGCUCAUGCUGGAGCAUUGCAAAGCGAUCGGGACUUCUGG